ACCCUUUCGCUAUUUUUCUUUCUCUCACAAACAAAAAAAUAAAAAUAAAAGCAGCUCUGUGUGUGUGUGUGUGGUUAUCUCUUUUUCUCUCUCAUUUGUGAUAUAUCGUUUAAUUUGUGUUUCCGAUUUUGCCCUUCUUUGUUGAUCCAAGUCAUCACUGCAACCAUGAGUGACCAAGGAGAAAAGACCUGUCCUCUCUGUGCUGAAGAGAUGGAUUUGACAGAUCAGCAGUUGAAGCCUUGCAAGUGUGGCUAUCAGAUAUGCGUAUGGUGUUGGCAUCACAUAAUGGAAAUGGCUGAGAAGGAUGAGACAGAAGGGCGGUGUCCUGCAUGCCGCAGUCCAUAUAAUAAGGAAAAGAUUGUUGGCACAGCAGCAAAUUGUGAAAAGAUGGUGAGCUCGGACAAAAAAAUGACAUCUCGAAAGGGUAAAAGUAAAACAGCUGAAUCUAGAAAGCAACUUAGCAGUGUGCGUGUCGUUCAAAGGAAUCUUGUCUACAUUGUGGGGUUGCCUCUCAGCUUAGCUGACGAAGAUCUUCUGCAGCGGAAAGAAUAUUUUGCUCAGUAUGGGAAGGUUCUGAAGGUGUCUAUGUCUCGAACAUCUGCUGGUGCCAUUCAACAGUUUGCAAAUAGUACAUGCAGUGUAUAUAUUACCUAUUCAAAGGAAGAGGAAGCAGUCCGUUGUAUUCAGUCUGUACAUGGAUUUCUUUUGGACGGUCAACCUCUAAGAGCGUGCUUUGGAACCACAAAAUACUGUCAUGCUUGGUUGAGGAGUGUGCCCUGCACCAAUCCUGAUUGUUUAUACUUGCACGAGAUUGGGUCGCAAGAGGAUAGCUUUACUAAAGAUGAAGUAAUAUCGGCUUACACAAGGAGUAGAGUUCAACAAAUUACUGGUGCCGUUAAUAGUAUGCAACGGAGAUCAGGGAGUGCUUUACCACCACCAGCAGACGAUUACUGCAAUAACAGCUCUGCUUCUGCAGGGAAACCUAGUAGUAAAACUGCUGCAAAUAAUUCACCAACCAAUGCCAGAGGCUCUCCACCAAAUAGCAGCUCUGGUAGAUCAGCUUCUCUUCCUGCUGGUGCUUUAUGGGGAACACGUGCAUUAAAUAACCAACUGCCACCAGUCAGUGCACCAAGUUCUAAUGGACUGCUGCCAGCCAGUGCACCAAGUUCCAAUGGACUGCCGCCUGCCAGUGCACCAAGUUCUAGUGGACCUCUUAAACAGAAGGCUGAAACAUGCGCACUAACUUGCUCCACAGCUGUUGCUAAUAAUAGUCAGGUUUUGUCAUUGGCUGCUGAAGCAGGAAAGAAAGUUAUUCAUAGUAAAGAAAGUGGCACUAGUCAAGAGAAAGCUAUUCAUAGUAAAGAAAGUGGCACUAGUCAAGAGAAAGGUAAAAUAAACAUGUUAGAGCCUGUUAAGCAGCCUGUGGGAGCAGAUGAUGCAACCUAUAGUACUGAGAAACCCGCUAUCACCGUACACCCUGCUUCCUCAUUUAUGAACAGUCAGUUGCAUAUCACCCCGUCUUUGAAGGACAAAGAUAUACAUAGGAUCACACCAUCCAGUGCUACAAAUACCUUUGAUCUUCCUUUGAUGUCUAAUGGACCUACUUUACCAAAAGAUCCCUAUGGUGGCAGAGACAUUGAGGAGGAUGCAUCCUCAGUUUUUUCAUUAGCUAGCAUUGAUAGACAGCAAAAGUCGCAUGCCAGCUAUGAGAAAGCAAGGGAGCCGUCGCCUUCUCAGACGAAUGGGAAAUCUGUGAUUGUGGAUGAUGUUUGUAUCUCAAGACAAACAUCUGAUUUGAGACUGGAAAGACAGACUCAAGGAAUACAAGACACAACUCCUGAAAUGGAGGAUGAUUUGCUAUCUUUCAAUGCACAGAGACAUAGGGAUCCUGAAGUAAUUUUAGAGAAAAGCUACUCAUCAAGUCCUUCCAUCUCUUUACACUCUUCAGGGCAGCUCAAAGGUUAUACUCCGCAGUUUGCCAAUGGUGUUGAGCCUAUUAGAGCCAACAUGCAAACUUUUGACCACAGAGCUGAUUCAGUAUUACUGCCUUCUAGUAUUGGAGAACUUCCUAAUGGAUACCCUGAAAAUGUAUUCAGUUCUGCGGGUAAUUUGGGAAGCACUGUUGACACUUAUUAUUCGUCUAAUGAAAGUAGGAGGAUGCACAUGGAUAGGUUUGAAGGGGGAACUGCUACUGCGGACCAUAGUACUACUGCAGAUAGGGGAGAGAACAAUAUAAUAUCUAAUAUUUUGUCUAUGGAUUUUGACCCAUGGAAUGAGUCAGUAGCCUCUCAGAACUUGGUUAAGUUGUUGGGAGAAACUGAUAACCAACAAGGGUCUCUUAGAGUAUCAAACUCAAGAAAAUUACAGAGCAACAAUCAAUCAAGGUUCUCUUUUGCAAGGGAGGGGGAACCCAUGAAUCCACCAGCUGAUUCUCGGCCAUCUUUAAGUUACAUUGAGAGAAGUUAUAGUCAUCGCCCUCUCGAUCAAGAUUUUCCAAAUAGCAGAAGCUAUCAGCUUGAUGGUUUUGGUAGUCACAAUGGUUUCUCUCUAUUUAAUAAUCAGGAAUCCAAUGGUUUUGCCCACAAUUAUUCUCAACUCUCUUCUAACAAGCUAUCAGGGUCGAGAUCACAGAUGGCUGCGCCUCCAGGGUUUUCAGCACCAAACAGGGCCCCACCCCCAGGCUUUACUUAUGAAAAAAUGGAACAGAAUUUUGGUCCUCUCUCCGGUACUCACAUGCUUGAAACCUCCUUAUUACGCAAUGAAUAUCAGGCUCCAUCAAUUGGGAAUGUCAACAACGGAGACAUUGAGUUUAUGGAUCCUGCAAUUUUGGCAGUUGGUAAAGGCAGGGUUCAAAAUGGCUUUAAUGUCUCAUGUCUAGACAUGUCUCCAAGUUUUCCUCCACAGCCAAGUGCUUUUGAAAAUGAGGCUAGACUUCAAUUACUCAUGCAAAGAUCUCUCUCUCUGCAUCAGAACCAGAGAUUUCCUGAUAAUGGGGAUAACUUUUCUCCAUUCAAUGAUGCUUAUGGAGUUUCUUCGAGGGUUGUGGAGCAAACUCUGGCCAACAAUCUUUCCCCAUUUUCACAACUCAAUCUUCCCCAGAACAGGAACUCUGUGAUGUCCAAUGGCCAGUGGGAUGGUUGGAAUGGUGUUGUCCCAAGCGGAAAUGACUUGGGCAUGGCUGAACUUCUCCGAAAUGAAAGGCUCGGCUAUAACAAGUUCUAUAAUGGAUAUGAGGAAUCAAAGUUCCGCAUGCCCAAUUCAGGCGAACUGUAUAACAGAACAUUCGGGAUAUAAAUGUGCUUCCGUGAUUUGUUCGGCUUGUUGAGUAGUUGUGGGAGAAACAAUGAAAUAGAAAAAUCAUGUGUGACUAGCAGACGUGCUUGAGAUGAUCAAAGUUACAAUGAUGCUCAAAUGGUGGUAAUAAUUCAAGGAUAGCUGUGGGGAGAUAUGAUGCAUUUCUAGAAGGAAGCUUGAUACAUGACUGUCUGAAAACUGCUUUCUGUUUGGUGAAGGAUUAAAUCCUCGAAAACAGGAUGUCCAGAAACCAACAGGUGAAAGCUGAGUUCUUCGGGGCUCCACAGUUUAGACAGGAAACUUGCGUGAUUGAGUUGGCAGGUGACGGGGCAGUGGAGAAUCAGUUUGUCACACACUACUUGGGAGGCAUUGAGACACAAAGCUCAGUUUUCUUGAGAAAAUGCUGGAGCCUUGCUUGCAGUAAUGCAAAUAGUAAAAGUUGCAAAUAAAAAAUAUAUCUGUUUAUACCGAACUUUCUCAUAAUUAUUUUGGAAAUAAUCAAAUUGAUGCUCUAACUACGAACAUAAGACGCGAUUAGUUGUGCUGUCGAGUUGAUAUCUUGUUGCUGGACAAAAAGCGCGAUGAAACUAAGGGGUGUGAGUGUGCUUCUAAUUAUCUUCAUUAUGUGAAACAGUUGCAAGGUAUGCCUAUGUUGCUUAAGAAAAGGUUAGUCGAGAAGUAUAUCAUGUUUUAUCUGA